UGAUUAUGAACAAUUUAGAAGAUUUUUGGAUACUUUUUUGGAAGUUCACACCCCGGAGGAGUUAUGCAGACAUCUUUUUUUAUCUUUUAUCCGCAAAGGUGUUAAGGUGGAAGGAAAAGCUUUUAAAGAAAUGGCCGUUCUUAGUUCAACAACAGCUUGUGCACCUAUUACAUCACAUACAAAAGGUUCUACACCGACUGUUAAUUCAUGCACUGAGCCGGUGGAAAAAGGAUCCGGACAUCAAAACCCGGAUAAACCGGCUUCAUACAGUGAGAUUAUUGUCGAGAAAUUCCACGGGAUUAGUGAAAAACUACUCGGACAUCAUAGAUCUGAUAGCGAUGCUUCUGGAAGAGCAAAAACAGGAACCGUCCAUCCAAUGCUUACGGUUACACACACUUCUUAUUCGUGUCAUGAAGUUCUCGGGAAAAAAAGUACGGAUACCUCACCGUCCCAUAGUCAAAUGUCCAGAAAUUCUUCAAGAAAAUCUAACAACUCUUUACUUGUGAAUAAUGGAAAAUUUGAAGUCAGACAUAUCGUUCGUAAAGCCAGCACAAUAGAUGUUAGCACAGUUAAAGUAUCCCUAAAAGACAUCGUGUGUUAUCUUUCGCUUUUAGAGGCUGGCAGACCAGAAGAUAAAUUAGAAUUUAUGUUUCGUCUUUACGAUACCGACGGAAACGGGGUUUUAGACACAAAUGAAAUGGAUUGUAUCGUUAAUCAAAUGAUGACCGUUGCUGAAUAUUUAGGUUGGGACGUUUCAGAAUUAAAACCAAUUCUUCAAGAUAUGAUGAUUGAAAUCGAUUACGAUGCUGAUGGAACUGUAUCGUUGGAAGAGUGGAAACGAGGCGGUUUAACCACAAUACCUCUAUUAGUUUUAUUAGGCUUAGAUAGUAACGUUAAAGAAGACGGUAAUCAUUUGUGGAGAUUAAAACAUUUUAGUAGACCAGCUUAUUGUAAUCUUUGUUUGAACAUGUUGGUGGGUUUAGGAAAAAAGGGUUUAUGUUGUACAUUUUGCAAAUACACAGUUCACGAAAGAUGCGUUCAAAGAGCACCCGCAAGUUGUAUAGCUACUUAUGUAAAAAGUAAAAAAUCCUCGCAAGCUUUACAACAUCAUUGGGUGGAAGGUAAUUGCCACGGAAAAUGUGCAAGAUGUCGGAAACCAGUUAAAGCUGGUAUUACAGGAUUACACUGUAGAUGGUGUCAAAUAACGUUACAUAAUAAAUGUGUUUCACUUGUAAAAGCUGAAUGUGGUUUAGGAGAACACGCUAUGCAUAUUUUACCGCCGACGGCAAUUUGCCCAAUCGUUUUAGAUCGUCAAAGAUCCUUGCAAAAGCGCGGGUCGAAAUAUGGACACGAAAACGGAAACACGACAAAACAGCCGGCGAUGUCUUUUCAAAUUACGAUAACACCGAACAUGUCGCCCCUUUUAGUAUUCAUAAACCCGAAAUCCGGGGGUAGACAAGGUGGAAGGAUCCUGAGGAAGUUUCAGUACAUUCUCAAUCCUAGACAAGUACACAACUUGGCAACAGGUGGGCCAAUACCGGGACUCAGUAUGUUCAAAGACGUUCCCAACUUCAAAGUGAUCUGCUGUGGAGGUGACGGAACUGUUGGAUGGGUUUUAGAAACUAUGGACAAAGUGGAUUUGGAGUGUCAGCCGGCCGUCGGAGUGAUUCCUUUGGGUACUGGAAACGAUUUAGCUCGUUGUUUAAGAUGGGGUGGCGGCUACGAAGGCGAAUCCGUCCACAAACUUCUCCAUAAAAUUGCCCGAGCGUCAACGGUGAUGCUCGAUCGAUGGUUGAUAGAAUUAUCGGAUACCGGAUUACCCGAACCCGCAAUGACUCAAGCUGACACCCGGAUUCCUUAUAACAUCAUCAAUAAUUACUUUUCAAUAGGAGUGGAUGCUGCAAUUUGCGUUAAAUUCCAUUUGGAGCGCGAACGAAAUCCAGAAAAAUUUAAUAGUCGCAUGAAAAAUAAAUUGUGGUAUUUUGAAUACGCGACUUCCGAACAAUUCGCGGCUUCCUGUAAAAAUUUACAUGAAGAUAUCGAGAUUAUUUGCGAUAACGUUUCGUUAGAUUUAGCGAAAGGAUCGCCACUUCAAGGAAUAGCCCUCCUAAAUAUCCCUUAUACGCAUGGAGGUUCGAAUUUAUGGGGGGAACAUUUAUCAGGAUCAAGAAAACGGAAAUCAAAAAAGAAAAAACCACAAAAGGAAUUAAGCAGCAACAGUUUUAAUUCUAUUGAUUUAAGCGUUGCUAUACAAGAUAUUGGUGAUGGUUUAAUAGAAGUAAUCGGUUUAGAAAAUUGUUUGCAUAUGGGACAAGUUAGAACCGGACUUAGGGCAAGUGGUCGAAGACUUGCUCAAUGUUCUUCUAUUAUUAUAAAAACGAAAAAAACGUUUCCCAUGCAAAUCGAUGGUGAACCAUGGAUGCAACCUCCUACUACGAUAAAAAUCUCGCAUAAAAAUCAAGUUCCGAUGUUGAUGGCUCCUCCACCAGAUAAAGGAAAGGGUUUAUUUCGAUUUUUCAGGAGGUAGGUGUUUUUCAAGGAAAUAAGAAUCUUAAAUAGUGAUAUUAAUUGUUAAUUGUCAAUAAAAAAAAGUCUAGUCAUUAUCAUCAUUAAACAAAAAGGAUUUAAAAAUGGAUUUGCAUAAAUAGUAAAAAUUUAUUUAAUGUUAGAGUUAAUCUUAAAGUUGUUUCUUUUAAAGCUUCUUUUUUAUAUUAUCGACAAUAAUGUAACCGUCUUGAAAACAUUUCAUCGUGAACAUUUCAAAAAUUUCGUAAACUACGCAGUAUUAAAAAUAAAACUUGGUUUAUUUCGAAUUAGGUAACGAAAUUGUGAAAAAAGAAAACAAAAAGAUAGACUGUUUUUGUGAACAUUUCCAGGCCUAUUUAACCCCGUAAUAAAUCGGUGUUAAAACAUAAUUAUAAAAAAAAAUAGUUUACAACUAAAAUAUUUAAUAAAGUAUUCGUUAA